AUGAACUUGUUUGAAGCCCAUGCAAUACUAAAUAUAAAAUCUGAAGGCUAUGAUGGCGAAGUUCAUCGAAAAGGGGUUGAAAAAGCUUACCGAAAGCAAGCCCUAAGACUCCAUCCUGAUCGUGGAGGAGAUGCCUCACUCUUUCGACAAUUGCAAGCUGCCAAGGAAGUAGCUUUACAACAGUUCGGAUCUUCCUUGUUGAGGCCAUGUUAUGUCAUGAACAACAGUGCGGUCGAGGAGAUCCUUCACAAAGAUAGGACCUGUGUGCGUCAGGUAGAAGCUGAUCCGAUUCGAGACCGAAUCAUUGUUGCAACUGAUGAUGGCCUGUGGCUACUGACGAAAAAUGCAGGUGAAGCGGAAUGGAAAGUCCUUUCAUUUGAAGAUGAUACAAAUUUCUUGUGCUGCUCGAUUGUAGGAGACAUGGUGUAUGCUGGUGGAAAGCGUGGUCAACUCUUUUGGCUGGAUUUACAGACGCUUGAUCAUGGAACGAUCUCGACUCCUUACCCAGAGUCCAACCUUGUAUCCAUGUCAGCUUCUUUACAGGGAUGGACGACUUUGGUUACCAGUAAACAAGAAAUAAUUGUCCUGUUGAAUCUAAAUGAUACGGCUGGUCAACCAAACAUGAUGCUUGCCUGGAAGUCGGGUCUGCAGACGU